CUGGACUGUUUCUGCUCGCUCAUCCCUGCUCUCUGCUCAGUAUGUUGCUAGUUAAGAUCAGAUCAGUACUGCUGUGCAGAUCAACCUCCUAUGUCCUGUCCUAUACCAGAGGAUCACAUCUACUAAUGGGACGAACACCAUAUGUUAAGCUGCUUCCUGGUCACAUAGCCUUCCAGCAAAGCCUCCAUGAAUCCCUUACGCCUAAAAUCACAGCUUUGGUCAGAUACUCAGACGUGUCCUCACAGAAGUACACCAUGAUUUACACCCUGCCGCACAUUACGCUCCUUAGAGCCAUUUCCAGGCUGAAACUCCUGCAAACUGCAAUCACUGUGGUCAUCCUGCCCCCAGUAUAUGUCCUCUACCUCCAGGGAUCUGCAUCCUUUUCCCUAGUCAGUUACACAACGGGGAUGGCACUGUUUGCUGGUGCCAUGCUGUACACUGCCAGUCACUUUUUCAGGAGGGUUGUGGGGAUCAUGUACCUGGACCCGUCUCAGACUACGCUCAAAGUGUCUCACCUCACUUUCUGGGGCCAGCGCAAUGAUAUCUUCCUCCCUGUGUCAGAUGUAAUGACCAUUGCGGACACUGGGGACUCGACAAAAGAGACAAUUUUGAAACUGAAACGAUACAGCAAUUCACAGACUAUGUAUUUCUCCACUUAUUAUGGACGUGUGGUGGACCAACUGGGUUUUGAAAAGGUGUUUAAAUGAUGCAGAAUUUCUUUUUUAAUUUAACUUCAGUUGAUGGCUGUUGAUGUUUUGGCAAUAGGUAUUACCUUUGUCUAGUAACUAGUGACUGAAUGUGUGAAACAAAAAAUUAAAUCUGCUUAUACUAUUUACCCUAUUUUGUCUGAAAGCACAGGAGCAGAGAGCAUGAGAUGUAAACUUUACCACCUCCAGAAUUACUAUUUUAAUCAUAGUUGCUAUUGCUGAUCCCACCCAGUGGUCCCUGCUCAUCACUUCAUUCUGCAGUGUAGUAUGUUUUUUGGACCACUAGAUGUCCCUAGACUCCACUUAAUAUACUACAACUAUUUGAGUUGCUUGUAGUUA